CCGUUAACUGGGUCCCCGUGUGGCCCUAAGCAUUUUUAUUCGAAGCUGUCGCCUGCUCCCCGCCAGACGCCGUCCCACCAUGAUAUUUGCGCCCCUCCAAAAUUCAUUUAACUCAAUGAUUUGGUGGCCAAGUGGGUGUCGAAUGCACGCAUUGAGUUGAAGAAAGCUGACAGCAAAUUUUAAAACUUGAUAACCCUACCGCAUCACCGCUGACCUGCUACAUGUAAAACGGACCUGUCACGCUAUUUCCUGUUAUCUUCUUCCUUUUCUGAAAUAUACCUUGCCGCGUACUUCAGUUCGCUUCUUUACAAGUAGAUUGGAUCGCUGUUUGAAAAAAAAAAAUCAUGGGCAGCAUCUCCCCCUUCGAUAUCCCUUUUGACGAGCUUGCCAACCCCAAACAAGUGUGGGUGGGAAAGCCUGGUAGUUAUGAAGAAGGGCUUGGGAAGUUAGCCAUUCUGACCCCUGAAGUGGUGGCUAAAGCCGCUUCGACCGAAAUCAAAACUGGUCAGAGAGUUACCAUGGGGUGGGAUUUAACCAAGUUGAACUAUCCUAACCUAAACCGUCAGCCAUGCCAGCACAAGAUUGUCCCUCUUCUGGGUGGAGUGGCCUAUGAUGAUAUUUACACCAUGAAUCCUCAACAAAGUAGUCAGUGGGAUGGGCUGCGACACUUCUCUCAAACUGUCCCUGGCCAGACGGAGCGUGUGUUCUACGGCGGUGUGACAUCGGAGGAGAUCAAUGACCGUAGCAAUGAUCGAAUUGGUAUGCAGCACUGGGCGCGGGAAGGUAUUGCAGGUCGCGGGGUAUUAAUUGACUACGCCGCAUGGGCGGAGAAGAAGGGAAUCACAUACAGCACCUUUUCCACUCAUCAGGUGCGACUAUCAGACAUCCAGGAAAUUGCGAAGGAGUGCAACAUCACGUUCCAGAAGGGCGAUAUCCUGUUUGUUCGUGUGGGAGUAACCAGGGAAUGGGACACCGUGAUGACGGAUGAGCAAAAGAAGCAAUACUCGGACAACCCGAGCCCGGAACACGCUGGAGUCGAAGCCACGACAGACAUGCUCCGCUGGCUUUGGGACUCUGGGUUUGCAGCGAUUGCCAGCGACGCUAUUAGCUGGGAGGUCUAUCCACCCCAGUCUGAUGUGUUCCUGCAUGAAUAUGUACUCGCAGGAUGGGGAAUGCCAAUCGGCGAACUCUUUGACCUCGAGGCAUUGGCACGCAUCUGCCAGGAUCUCCAACGAUGGAGCUUCUUUGUGUCGUCUGUGCCGUUGAACAUGCCCGGUGGCGUGUCAUCGCCACCGAACAUCAUGGCUAUCUUCUAGAUGCAUCACCUCUGCCGAGAUUGGGUCCAGGCUCCGCAAAAGGACCAUCUGCAACAUCCUGGAUCGUGCAUAUGUAGCGCAUCUUACUACGGAGAAUUAAUAGCACGUAUUAUAGCAACGGUCACCAAGAAGAACAAAAAAGAACAAGAUAGGAGUGAAAGAGACCACGUUUUCAAAGGUUUAGGGUAGCAAGGAUCGAUCGCCUUGCUAUGUCUAUGUCAAAGUGCAUUACUACUGGCCCAAGUCCUCCCCAUUGUAUGCUUCAUGAGAAAUCUUUGUUGGAAGUGUUGCCUCUAGACAAUUGAGCGUGCAGCAUCCACAUGGUUGCAGGACACACAUCCACACUACCCCUGUAGGGAAAGAUAUCAGGGGGGUCCAAUUUGCCUGAAACUAGUCAAGUCCUGUCCUAUCAAGCUCCGAAUUACUAUGACUAAUGCAGCUGGGCAGGGUUAACUAUCAGAUGGUCGAGCUGCAUACGGAGAUUUCCCGAAAAUUAAUAUAAUAAUAUCAUAUCAUGCCAGUCCCCGUGCUUGGCUCUUG